AUGAAAAGCACAGCAAACAGAAAGAAAGAGUCAAAGUCAAAGGGUGCAGCCACAAGGCUAGCUACUCCAUUUACGAUCAAGUGCUUGUCAUGCGGAGCUUACAUAUACAAGAACAAAAGGCAUAAUGCUACUAGACAAGUGGCUCAGGGUAAGGAUUAUCUGGGAGUUGAGAGCCAUCGGUUUUAUAUCAAAUGUACAGGAUGUAAUGAAACAUUGAGUAUAAGGACAGAUCCAAAGAAUGGUAUAUACAUCACUGAAAAUGGGUGUGUAAGGAUAGAUGGGGAAGAUAACAUCCAAGACAAAAUAGAAGAUUCAUCUAUACAGUUGAAGAAGGAAUCAGACAUGAAAGACGAAAUAAUUAAACUUCGAAUGCAGACGAGUUAUGUCAAUUCAUCAAAUUCAACUCUUGAUGGAUCAGAUAAGGUGGAAGAAUAG